CAGCCGGUCCGUGUCAGGUUUUUAUUUUUAUUUUAGUUAUUGCCGGUUACGAUGAAACGACACCGUCUUGUUAAGCGUAACUGUGCAACAGUGCAAGUAUCACCCUCCGCAAAGCCACCGGAGAAUUUGAACCAAUGGCGUUGAGACUGACGACGCUAAAACGCGCCGCUGCUGAUUUCCGGCGUAUAUUAGAAUCCCGAUGCUUCAGUUACGUCGCUGCGAUUUCUCCUCCCUUAGACAGCGCCAUCGAUCGCUCUACCGCUUCGCCGCCGCUUGUUUUACCGGAGUUUUAUAAUUAACAAUCGGAUUCUAUCAUUGAUGAAAAUAACUUCAGAUUCGGUUUCCUGAGUUUCUCUUUCGGUGGAUCCAUGGAGCUAAUGGCUGUGCCCAAGAAGAAGAUUUCUAAACACAAGAGAGGGAUAAGAAAUGGACCAAAGGCCUUUAAACCUACUCCUGUGAUCAUCCGUUGCAGGAGUUGUGGGCGAGUUAAGCUGCCACAUUUCUACUGCUGCAGUGGUGAGCGGGCAAUACCUGAUGAACAAAGCAAUUCAAACAACUGAGCAAGACUUACUAUAUGAAUGAGCAUUGUUGAAUUCGGAUCUCAAGAGAGCGGGAAAUCAUAUGCGGGUUCUAAGUAGAGCACUCAAUGGUUAUGAUGUACAAUGGUUAUGAUGUAGACUUAGAUUCACUCUGUUUUAUUAGUACACAUACUUGGAGCCUUGGAGGUAAUAAACAACUACAUAAGUUUGUACUACAUCUUCGACCAUUUGAAAAUGUUUUGCCGAAGUAAUUUGGAAUGUAUGCAUUUAAAAUGCAGAUUUGAUCGCAAUCAAUUCAAUAGUACAAGACAAAUGAUAUGGCCCC